AUGGCAAUGUGCUGUGAUCUCCAGGUCGACGUCAAUGGCGAAGAAGUCUUCAUGGUGAACAAGGAAACUUUGGCAUCAUUCUCUUGUAGAUUCAGCAAAUUGUUUGGUAAAUUGAUGGGUAGUGCGAGCCUCAAAGUGAUAUUCCAUGACUUUCCUGGAGGUGCAGAGGGUUUUGAGCUCAUGACAAGGUUUUGUUACAAUAAUGGAAGAACUGAGAUAACCCCUUCCAACUUAGUCCUUGUGUACUGCAUCGCGGAUUUCAUGGAGAUGGAUGGUGAUAUACUAUUGCAAGCUCAAAACACCCUCAGAGGUAUCAGCUCUUGGACGUGGUCCGAGCUUCUAGUGGCUCUGAAGCAGUGCCAAGAUUUACUUCCCCCUUCAAAUACUUCAUUGAUAUUGCGAAUAGUCAUGGACUGCAUCAUAGAGAAGCUUUCUUGUCCAUUUGCUACAACACUCUAUGAUACUAGUUCGACAGAGAAUGUGAGUAGUUUCCAGUUUUCUAGUCGUACGAUGACCAUUUAUAAUCUGAAAACCAAUUGCUCUAUGAAAACAUGGUGGUUUGAGGACUUGAUGUUCUUAAACACCAAAUUGGUCGAAAUGGUUAUAAGAGGCCUGAUAUCCAAGGAGAUUGAACAGUCUACCGUUUUCAAUUUUCUCCUUUGUUAUCAUCAAUCAAAGUGGUCUGGUGCCAAACCAGAAGAGAAGUACAAGAUCACAGAAGUUGUUAUUGGUUUACUUUCUCUGCUUGAUAAAAGCUCCCUUUCUGUCAAGGGAUUAUUCAAUUUAUAUCAAGCGGCUUUGAACAUGAAAGUAAGCAAGAAAUACAAAAACAAGUUGGAGAUUAUGAUAGGUUCACAGCUGCAUCAGGCAACAAUUGAUUAUUUACUUGUUCCACCUCCUCGUGGGAAGAAGUAUGCUUAUGAUGUGAAUUUGAUUUUGAGGUUAGGAAAAUCAUUUCUUCUUCAAGACGGUGGUCAUUUAUCCCAGGAGAGUCGCCUUACAAAGGUAGCUGAGUUGAUGGAUUUAUACCUUGCAGAAGUGGCUCCAGACUUUCAUUUGAGACCUUCAAAGUUUGCAGCAUUAGUUAAGAUGUUGCCAGAGUCUGCGCGCGAAUCGCAUGACAGACUUUAUGAAGCCAUUGCGGUAUAUUUUAAGUGCCACACUGGUCUAUACGAACAAGAGCAGCUGAACAUCUGUUGUGCACUGAACUAUAAGAAGCUCUCAGCAAGACAUUUGAAACAAGCCUAUCGCACAAAGUUCCCAUCGAGAAGAGCAGUUGGAGCUUUCAAAAGACAGCAAUCCAACCUCAGAAGCUUACUCCAGGAAGUCUGCUACAUGAGAACCAAGGACAAGAAAGAGGAGAUUGAAUCAAUCCUACAUGACACAUAUAGUAUUGAUCUCCCAACAGAGGCUCAGAAGCUCAGAGAAGAUUCACAAAGCAUGCCCUCAAAGACAUUGGAAUUGAGGAAGGCUUUCGAGACAGCACACAUACAAGUGACAAAUGGAAUAAAAUCGAGAUGCUGGAGAAGAUUGGGUUGCCGCCGAAGCCAUCACUUAGAGGCAACAAUUGGGUGGUUGACGCCUCACACUGUCAGGGAUGUUCUUCUCAGUUCACCUUCAUCAAUCGCAAGCUGUACACAGCAAAGGAUGUUUUUGCGUGGGCAAGGCGAUUCGCCUGUGCGGAUAUGUGAGCCUUGUAAGAAGCUAGAAGAAGCAGCGCGGUUCGAGAGAUAUGGACACAAGAGUAGAGCUGCCAGAGGCAGUUCAAAGUUGACAUCGAAGCCUGAGGAUGAAAUAUUGAGCCAGAUACUUGGUAAUGAGGGGAAGGAAUCAGGACAAGAGGUUAACAAUAAUGUAGUUUCCAGUAUGCAGAGGGCUAGUAGUGCAUCAUGUUCAAGUAGUCGAGAAGAUUCCAGCCAUGAUGCGGUGGGGGAAAUACUUAGAAGUGUUUCUGUUGAUAAGUUUAGUCAUUUACAGAAUGAUAGUGAAUCUGCUACUCCUGAGGAAUUGCGUCAGCAAGCUUUGGAUGAGAAAAAGAAGUAUAAAAUUCUGAAAGGAGAAGGGAAGUCUGCGGAAGCAUUAAGAGCCUUUAAGAAAGGGAAGGAGCUUGAGAGGCAGGCUGAUGCAUUGGAAAUAUCCUUAAGGAAAAGGCGUAAAAAAGAUUUACUCUCUGACAAUGUGGCUGAGGGCCAGAUUAAAGAUGACCCUUCUCAAUCUGGAAGAAGGAACAGGGUCACUCCUCCAGUCGGUAAAGAAAAAGAUGACCUGUCUGCGGAGCUUAAAGAAUUAGGGUGGUCCGAUGAAGAUGAUAAAAAACAAGCGAGUCUGAGUUUGGAGGGUGAGCUCUCUUCUCUUCAGGGAGAAGUCUCACAAAAGAACAACAAGAGUACGGCUACUAGUGCCAUUGACAAAACACAGGUUGUUGCACAUAAAAAGAAGGCUCUCCAGCUGAAGCGUGAGGGAAAGCUUGCAGAAGCCAAGGAAGAAUUAAAGAGAGCUAAAGUUCUAGAGAAGCAACUUGAAGAGCAUGAAUUUUUAGCUGAGGCUGAAGAGUCUGAUGAUGAAAUAUCUGCACUGAUUCGUAGCAUGGAUGAUGACAAAGAAGAUUUUUCAAUUCAAUAUGAGCAGGAAGAUGGCUUUAAUUUCGACAGUCUUAUUAAUGUUGCUGAUGAUCAUAUUAUAGAUAGUAAUUUUGAAGUGACAGAUGAAGAUAUGGAGGACCCAGAAAUAACUGCUGCCUUAAAAUCUUUGGGAUGGACUCAAGAUUCGUACAAUCCUCCUGAAACCUCUGCUCCCCAGAUAGCUUUGGUUGACAAGGAAGCACUGUUAACUGAAAUUCAAUCCUUAAAAAGAGAGGCUUUAACUCAUAAACGGGCAGGUAAUGUCACAGAAGCAAUGACACAGCUAAAGAAGGCAAAACUGCUUGAAAGGGACCUUGAAAACAUCAAGUCUCAAAAGGGCAAUGUCGUGAAACCUUCUGUAACAGUUCAUAAUCAAACUAUUGAUAGAUCAUCAAAGUCGUUGGGUGAUGGAAAUUUUAGUGCAAUGGAACAUAUUGACAUCAAACCUGCGAGGAAGAGUAAGUUGAUGAUUCAAAAAGAGCUUCUGGCUUUGAAGAAGAAGGCCCGUGCUCUGAGACAGGAAGGUCGAUUAGAUGAAGCUGAAGAAGAGUUGAAGAAAGGCAGAGUUCUCGAGCAUCAGCUUGAAGAGAUGGAAAAUGGUAAGAACUCAGUUUUGGAACAUCAGCAUGCCAAUGUUUCUGGAAGUCUGUCCGUUGCGGAUGAGGAAGGAGACAAUGUAACAGAUCAAGAUAUGUAUGACCCCGCAUAUCUUUCCAUGCUAAAGAAUUUGGGUUGGAAUGAUGAUAAUGAAGUUGCAAACUCUUUGUCAGAACCUUAUAAGCAAAUUGAUAACAUGCAGGCUACUGAAUCUUCUGCAGCACAAGUCCCAAGUACGCUCCCGCUUGGAGGAUCAAGGAAAAGUAAAUCUGAAAUUCAGAAGGAACUAUUAGGGUUGAAAAGAAAAGCUCUUGCUUUGAGGCGCCAGGGAGACAUGGAGGAAGCAGAAGAAGUGCUGAAAAAGGCAAAAGCAUUAGAGGGUCAGUUGGCUGAGAUGGAAGCACCAAAGAAAGUUCAAUUGGACAUCGCUAGGGACAAGGAAAAUUUCAUUGAUCCUCCACUUGACAGUGUAGAGGAAAAAGGUGAUGUCGGGGAUGUAACAGAAAAUGAUAUGCAGGACCCAGCACUACUGUCAGUGCUAAAGAGUUUGGGGUGGGAGGCUGAAGAGCAUUCUGUAGAUGCAUCUCUUCCGCAAUCUUCUUCCACACUUGCUGUUGCUGCACCAAGAAGUAAGGGUGAAAUCCAAAGGGAGCUUCUGGAUUUGAAAAGAAAGGCUCAUGCGUUUAGACGAAAGGGACAGACUGAAGAAGCUGAAGAAGUGCUGAAGAUGGCAAAGGUACUAGAAGUUCAGAUUGAGGAGUUGGAAGCCCCAAAGGGUCUACCUAUGGAAUUGGGUCCUGGUCAUCCAGAGAACCAGAGAAUUGCUCAAGGUGCUACUCAAUCUUCACCUGCCCAAUCUGGGAACUUUGCAGAUUUGUUGACAGGGGAUGACUGGAGAGGUUCUCCAGGAUCCGCUGAAAAACAAUAUGAUAGCCUAACUUGCUCUGCUGAUUCCGUUAAUGCCAGUCCUCCAAUUCAGCUGAGAUCGUCACAGGAAGAUCUUAUAAAAAGAGAUGAUGCAAUUAUUCAUAAACAGGAAGAUACGGUUGUGGCCAAUGAGAAGCGAGAUGCUAAAGAGGCACAUUUGGUUGUUAGACCUUCUUCACAGGAGAAUGAAAGUGCCAUUCGGCAAGAAAUCAUGUCUUUUAAGAGGAGGGCAUUAGCUCUAAAGAGAGAAGGGAAACUGACAGAAGCCCGGGAAGAACUUAAGCAGGCAAAAAUGUUGGAGAAGCGUCUUGAGGAAGACAGUCCUCAGUCCAAAACUAGUUUGAGUGAUAUGUCGAGUCCUGCAAACAAUGUUUCUCCAGCUGCGCAAAAGCAACAUGGUUCACCGUCCUCUGGCCCGAAACCAAUGUCCAGUCGUGAUCGCUUCAAGUUGCAACAGGAGUCUCUAGGUCACAAACGUCAAGCCCUGAAGCUGCGAAGGGAGGGUCGGACUGAAGAAGCGGAAGCAGAGUUUGAAUUGGCCAAGGCACUUGAGGCUCAGUUAGAGGAAAGUGCUGCUCAUGAUUCCACAACUGUAGCACCGGUGGAUGAUGUGGCCGUAGAGGGACUUCUUGAUCCUGAAAUUCUUUCCGCCUUAAGAGCAAUUGGAAUUGAAGAUGCCAAUACAUCGUCUCAAGGUCCUGGAAGACCCGAGCCUUCAAAACCCAAUGUUGGCAAGAAUGACAAUGUAAUCCAAGAUAGAAGUAAUAUAGAGGAACAGAUCAAGGCAGAGAAGGGGAAGGCACUAAAUCUGAAACGUGCUGGAAAACAAGCUGAGGCCUUGGAUGCCCUUCGAAGAGCCAAGAUGCUUGAAAAGAAGCUCAAUUCCUCGGCUUGAAAGUGAGUAUACAAUAGACCCUUUUUCAUUUUUUUUUUCCAUUUCAGGCAUGUAUGUCAAUUAUAAACCAUUGGUUUAUAUUGUAAUGUUAAGGUGCCUUCCCUGCCUGCAGAAUCAGAGAUGUGUAACCUUCAGC